UCAAGAAUAAAAAAAUAGAGAAGCAGAAUUUCUGGACAUUAUGAUGUUUGAUUGAGAGGUGUUCAUUUACAAUCAGAACCCCUCCAAAUUCCAAAACUAUUUCUUCUUGGUUCUGCUUCUUUCUUAAAUAUAUACACUAGUUUUGUUUUCUAUUUUAUUUUCUGCUGCUCAGUAGUUUUUUUUUCUUCACUUGGAUGAAGCACAAGAUUUUUCUGCUGGAUUUUGGAAUUUGGGACAUCAUUACUUCCUGUGUACAAAGUGUCAGCUUUAGGGAGAAACUUAGUCAUUUAGUGUAAUUGGAUUAAUUAACUGUUUCUGUUAUGAAAAAUUGGUUGUUUCAAUUGCUUUAUGAAGUCAAAGAUUGGAUCUUUUUUGGAUUCUAUUAGGUGGGGUUGUUUACAAUGGGCUGCUACUGGUCAUUGUUGAGAUGAAUUCUUGAUGAAGGACAGCAGUUUGAUGAGGGUUUUGUUCUGCAAAAUCCAUUGUCCAUUUAUUUGCUUCUGUAAACCCUCUGCUGCUCAUCUUUACACUUCAGGUCCAUUGAAACUGGAAAGUGGCCCACAUGUCGCUCCAACACUUGUUUCUGAUCAACAAUCUGUUGCUGCUGAGGUGGAAGAAGAGAGUUCUUUAGAUGGAAACCAACUUCCUGAAAAUGAUCUUAAAAGCUGUAUUAGGAAAAGUCCUAAUUCUUCAAAGGAAAUUGACAAGAAGAGAGUUCAAUGGAUGGAUAACAUAGGGAAAGAACUUGCUGAGAUCAAGGAGUUUGAAUCCAGUGAAACGGGGGAUACUGACACUGAAGAGGAGACAAGACAUUGUCUAUGCAUUAUUCUUUGAUGCUGCUUAACCAGCUUCUUCCUGAAACUACUUCCAAAGUGGGGGCUGCUUAACAGAAGACAAUGAGGAAUUGACUUCAUGUGCACGGGAACUUUGUUCAUGCUUCGAUCAGAAUUGCUAUUCUUAUUGCAUUUACAUCAAGAAUUUCUUCCAUGCCGUGCUUUAGUAGAGGCGGAGUUGAUGCUGUCAUUUCAAAGCUAGACUCCUCAUUUGAGUACAUUUCAUUAUCUGGGGAACAUCCCACACGGGAAUGAAGGUUGUCCAUGUAUCACUUUUCUGCCAUUGCGGAUUGUGAUCACUUCAAGCUUCUUAUGUGAGAAUUCAUGCCAACUGACAACUGUUCCCUGUCGUAAAAGCGUGAAGCCAAGCUGAUGUUUAUUCUUGCUUGAUUCUUCUGAGUGAUAAAACCACACACAAACUAACUGUUUUCUCCUGCAGUAAGUUUUCUGGUUCUAGCAUCUGUAGGCUACCCUGAAAAACCUAUGUGCACAAAUGUUAAACUACAAGAACAAGCAGCAUGUAUUGUUUCUGUUGUUUUCUCCAAAUAAUAAACUUUGAAUGAGUUUCAGCUUGGUAGACCAAUAA